CUAGCCCCACCCACAAUCCAUUAUCAAUCAUUGAUUGCAGCAGUACAGUAUGUCCUCCAAUAAAGUAUAUUUUUACAGAAACUGGAUUGGUUUCUUCAUACUUGGUACUAUCAAUAAUCUUCCCUAUGUAGUCGUUAAUUCAUCUGCUAAGGUCCUCUCCACCAGUUUUGGGCAGGCUAACCUUGUCACUUUGGUUAUGUUUUCAAAUGUUGCUCUUGGAUUUGUUGCUAAAGGUGCCAAUACUCUUAUAUCAACGACCAGUUUCCCGUUUUGGAUUCGGUUUAUAUUCAACGGAUGCUUAAUGGCAGCUGGUCUUACUGGUGUUAUCUUAGCUCCUAAUUUUUGGAUUGCUCUGGCCUCCAUAGUCCUAACUGGAAUGAGUUCUUCUUUUGGGGAAAAUUUGACAUUAGGGUUUUUGAGUAAGUUCAGUAAAGAACACAUUAAUGCCUGGUCUAGUGGUACUGGAAUGGCUGGAGUAGUCGGAGCUGUUCUCUACAUAGCGCUAUCUUGCAUAGCGGAGGUGACAGUGGUCAGUGGUAACCAUGGUAACACUGUUAUUGAUCCUGAUUCGACUGACUAUGCAAGCAAAUUGAAAAAGAUAAACAGGUUUGUAUUUAUUGGGACUCUGCCUAUCAUUGUAUUAUACUGGGGAGCUUAUUUUAUUCUAAUUAAAGCCCCACCAGCUGUGAAAGAAUCAAAUAACGAAGAAACCCAGCCUCUUCAAAUUCAAGAUAAAGUCAGUAAUAAUGACCCUGGAGUGGUAGCAGCUGCUUCAGGUGAAGGUUCUUUCAAAAGAAUAUUAAGAUGUUUAAAGCUGUCUUCAUGGCUAAUUUUUAAUAUGAUUUUCGUAUAUUUUUUUGAAUACACUUGUAGAGGCUUUGCCGCCAAAAGUAGACCAGAGGAAGAAUUCUCUAUCAGUGAAUUACAAUGUCCUGAACUUUAUGCAUCGCUUCAACUUUGUUAUCAAGCUGGUGUCUUUGUCUCAAGAUCAUCAGUUCAAUUAUUUCAAAUUAGACAAAUUCACAUUUUCACUUUAUUUCAAUUAAUUAAUAUGAUUGUAUGGAUACUGCAAGCAUGGUGGAAGUUUCUCCCAGUCUAUGUACUGCCGUCUUACAUGGUUUUCGUUGGAUUAUUAGGAGGUGCUUCAUAUGUUAAUAUAUUCUAUUUAUUGAGAACAGACGAGAAGUAUCCUUCAUCAGAUAGAGAACUCUGUACUAAUUUAGUCGGAAUGAGCAUCUCAAUCGGGAUUCUGUUAGGAACUGGCCUACCUAUACCUCUGUUUAAAACAAUAUUUGCUGAUAAAUAAUAAUAAUAAUAAACAUUUAUGCAAUCAUGUCUGUAGUUAUUUUUAUGUCAAGUUUGAAUAAGUUUUAUAUUUUAAAUGUUAAAUUGACAGGUAUAUACUGUUACAAAUCAUUAUUAUCAUAUUUAUAUUACAAAUGGACAUCAUUUCCUCUUUCAUUGUUACUAUCACUAUUAUUAAUAUGUACACAUCACUAUAGUAAUUUGUACAAUUCAUUGGUAAUUCAAUUUGACUCUAACAAAUUGGAGUAA